UUCGUUCACGAUAACAAUUAUUUUAUCGAAUCUCAAACGACGAUAAUCCUUUCGAGGAUAUAAUUAAUUUUAUCAAUUAUCGAUAAAAAAUAAACUUAAGAGGAACAAAGUGGAUGAAAUCGUUAAAUCAAAGAAUUUAAUACAAUUAAUCGCUAUAAUCCGAUUUAAUUUACGAUAAUAAUAAUAAUAAGUAGAAUUUAAUUCUCGAUAUAUUAAUUAAUCUCGUUUAAUCCAAUUUAAUCGUUCGAUCAAAACUGAUGAUCAAAUAUUUCGUAAUCGUAAUCAAUCUAUCAUCGUAUUAAACAUUGCCAACACUGGAAACGAAUAAAUAUCUCGAAAAUCGUUAUUUUGUUUUCGAUAUCGUAUAUUCCCUUCUCGAUUAACCUGUGCAAUUUAAAAUUAAUCCCAAGUGCCUAAUCUCGACCGAUGAUUAACGAAGAAUUAACGAAGGGAGAAGGAAAGGAAACUUAGAUGCCCGAGAGAUGUGCGACUGUCCCGAGGCGAGCAAGGAGGAUGGCGAGAAGAAAGUGGAGACGGUGAUGCUUUUCAAAAAGUGUCAGAAACCGUACCGCACCACCAAAGACAUCGCCAAACCGUCGAGCUACGACACGGCCUCGGACAAAGAUCUGUGGACACCCGCCGACUCCUCUCAAUCCACCUUCAGAUACACGUACGAUUCACCCAAAGGAUCCCAGCUAACCAGCUCCUUCACCAGCUCUUCCAAAAUAGUAAACCUUCUCUCUCUCUCUCUCUCUCGAUUUUACAUAAAAUCUUCUCUCACCAACAUCAUCGUAUCAAAUAUCACAACAACAUCCACCAACUUAUCUUUCUCUUUUGUUUCUUUCUCCUUUCCUCCUUUUUUUCCCCCUUCCAAGUACAAAUUCGUCACGUCACGAGGCUACGAGUACUUGGGCGAGGGGGAGGAGGAGUGGCGGCCGCCGUUCCCCUACCAGCCGUGCAUCGAGGACGAGGAGGUGGAAGAGGUGGAGAGGGUCGACAUCGAGUGCACACUGAUGAUCAUCAAGCCGGAGGCGCUAGUGUACAGGGAGGAGAUCGAGAGUCGAGUGCGGGAAGAAGGUUUCCAAAUUUUUCAAACCCGUUGGCUCCAGCUCACCCCGGAACAGGUGUCCGAAUUUUAUUCAGAUAAAUACGGCCAGCUGAACUUCGCAUAUUUGGUCGCCUAUAUGGCCUCCGGGCCGAUUGUCGUGCACGUGCUCGGCAAGAAGAACGCCAUCCACGAGUGGAAAUUGCUCAUGGGCCCGACCAAGGUGGCGGAAGCCCGUUUGUAUUAUCCGGAUAGCAUAAGAGCGAGGUACGGGAGAAGAGGGGAUGACUUUAAGAACGCAGUUCACGGAAGCGACACUCGGGAAUGUGCCGAGAAGGAGAUACACUUUUUCUUCCCCGAUUUCAUAGUGGAGCCUCUGUUGAAGGACGAAAUGGCGGAGGAUUAUUUAUGGGAAGUGCUCAACCCUGUACUCGUGGAAGCUCUGUCUAUGGUAAAAGGGAGAGACUUUUUCAAAAUUUUAACUUCAAAUUUUAAAAUGGGCUCGAGAAAGAUUAAGUUUUCUUUUCUAACGAAAGGGUUGAUGAUUGGCCAAUUGUUAAACAACGGUUCGAUUUCACAGUGUUGCAAAUUGAAACCCGCGGAUCCCGUUUUAUGGCUGGCCAAUUGGCUGAUCACGAACAAUCCUAACAAACCGAAACUGCCGCUCGAGCUCGCCAUGAUCCCAACGUGAUAUUUUAUAAUUUUUUUCUUCUUUAUUGUAUCGAUAAAUUAAAUUUUAACAUAACAUUUA